AUGAUCAAGGUUGUUGGUAGUGACUGUCUGGGGAAGAAAGUCUGCAUUAAAUGCAAUACUGAUGACACCAUUGGGGACCUUAAGAGGCUGAUCACAGCCCAAACUGGUACCUGUUGGAAAAACAUGGUAUUGAAGACGGGGUACAUGACUUUUAAAGACCACAUGUCUCUGGGGGACUAUGAAACCCAUUAUGGGAUGAACCUGGAGCUUUAUUACCAAUAG